AUUUCUGGUUGUUCUUUAUAUAUCAGGGAGAUUAAUUCUUUGUGGUACGAGCUGCUAAUUUUUUGUGAACUUUUAAAAAAGCCUUUUAACUUUUUUUUUAGCAUAAUUAAGGUCAUACUAUAUACAUAAUUCUGUGUUCUGCUUUUCAGUCGUAACAUUAUGUCACCAGUAUUUUUAUUUUUCAAAUGUAGCAUGUUUUUACCCCGCGGAAGGAAAUGCAGAGGGAGGUCCUGGAAUGUAGAGGAUGUUGCCCUGACUUGUUUGGUACUGAAGUUAAGGUGAUAGUGCAGCAGAGUUGGAAGAACACAGAAUUUGGAGUCAGGAGACAUUGGUUUGAGUCCUAACUUUAUCACUUACUGUUUAAAACCCUGUUAAAGUCUCCGAAGUUCUAUGUAAAAGAGUUUAUAUAAUAUAGGCUCUCACAGGACAUCUGUGAAGGUCAGCUCAGGUGAAUUGUGUAAAAGCGUUUGGCAAACUUUACAAUGUUAGGCAAUUAUUUGUGUGUGUGUGCAGCUCUGAUCACCCGUCUUCCUCUGCCUGCCUCCAAACAUCGGAGCUCUGGAACUAGUAUCCCUAGGCUCUGUGAGAUGAUGCAGUAAAAAAAAGGCAGGUAUUUAAUACAAUGGAAACCAAUUUGAUACAGUACUAGAACAGUAAUAACAGACUCAAAGCCAUAAAGAGAUUUAAUAAAUGAGAAGGGGGAUUACUUUUAUGGAGAAAAACUUUGUCCUGUCCUUGGAGGAUGCAGGGGAUAAAAGAGGACACAAAAAUGUGGUAUACGAAUGCUGAGAAGAAAGCUCAAUAAAUGCCAUUGUUUAAGGCCAAACUCCAUAUUUGAAACUGAAUCUGAAUGCCUUGAAUUCAUUAAGGUGGUUUCCAAGUAGGAGUUCACCCACUGCCUCAUGCUUCAGCUCCCAAGAAGCCUCUUAAACCAAACAGUAAUUAUGGUGGUUAGUCUUAGGGCAAUAAUGAAAUCUUUAAUGGGUUAAAAAAAGGUUGUUCCUAUUGUAUUCCUCAAUUUCAUUAUUUAUUUUUACUUUUUCCAAAGAUAGUACAGUCAUAUAGUUAAAUAUUCAAAAGGCACAAAGUCUUAGUAUUUACAACACACUUACCAUAUGCCUGGCUCUUGUUAAGUACUUUACAUUUCAUCCUCAAAACAACGCUUAUGAGGUAGGUACUGCUAUCCCUAUUUUGCAGACAAGGAUACUGAGGAACAAAGAGGUUGGGUAACUCGUCAAAGUCACGUAGCUAGGAAGAGGCAGAGCGAGAACUUGAGUCCAGGCUGCCUGGCUCCAGAGUCUACACUCCUCCUCACUAUGCCCUUUGAACAGAUGUGUACUAAAUAGCACAGGGGAAGCCUUUUCCCUGGGCUCUGUAAAGAGUUCACAGUGAAGUCUUCAGCUUACUUCUCCCCCUCAACAACCCUGCUUUCUACUCCAGACACAACCGGUCUUACCGAUUCAUUGCAUAUCUUUCUAGAGGUACUCUAUAUGUAUAUAAUAAAAUUGAGAGUUUCUUCCCCCUCUGUUUUUCCUGUUUUAAAAUACACAUGGUGGCAUUCUAUACACAAUGUUCUGUACUUCUUUUUUCUAGUUAAAAUGAUGUCUUAGAGCUUACUAUAUGAUUACAUAAGGAGCUUCCUCAUUUGUUGUUGUUCCCGGACAGUACUCCAUUGUAUGGGUGUGCCCUCAUUUGUUUAACCAUCCCAUGUUGACAGUUCCUUUCCAGUCCUUUGCUAUUCCAAACAGUGCUGCACUGAAUUCCUUUUUGUGCAUAAUCAUGUCGGACCUGUGUGAGUUGAUCUGUGGGAUUAAUUCCUACAAGUGGUGUUGCUGGGUCAAAGAGGAUUUGGUCAUGUUCGGAGUUUGACCUGAACGAGAUUCGCCUGAUAGUUUACCAGGACUGUGAAAGGAGAGGCCGUCAAGUCUUGUUUGAUUCUAAAGCUGUUCACAAGAUUGAAGAGGGGGCAGCUCAGAAAACAGAGGAUGUCCCUAUUAAAAUGUCAGCCAAGUGCUGUCAAGGAAGCAGCAGUGGCAGCAGCAGCAGUGGCAGCAGCAGCAGUGGCAGCAUCUCCUCUUCCCAUAGUUCUUCUGGGGGAUCUUUACAACAUGCUAAGGAACAGCUUCCGAAGUACCAGUACACAAGACCAGCUUCUGAUGUCAACAUGCUGGGGGAAAUGAUGUUUGGCUCAGUUGCAAUGAGUUACAAAGGAUCCACCUUAAAGAUACACUACAUACGGUCUCCUCCACAAUUGAUGAUUAGUAAAGUCUUCUCUGCUAGAAUGGGCAGCUUCUGUGGGAGUACAAAUAACCUGCAGGACAGCUUUGAAUACAUCAAUCAAGACCCUAAUUUGGGCAAACUGAACACAAAUCAGAAUAAUUUGGGUCCUUGUCGUGCUGGAAGUAACCUAGGUCUGCUGCAAGCAUGCAGCAGCAAACUGCUGCCGGGGGUGGCUGAAGGAGGACCUCUCCGGCUCACCCGGAGUGCUUCUUUCUUUGCAGCACAUAGCACUCCAGUUGACAUGCCAAGCAGAGGACAGAAUGAAGACAGGGACAGUGGCAUUGCUCGAUCAGCCUCACUAAGCAGCCUUUUGAUUACACCUUUCCCGUCUCCAAGUUCCUCUACGUCUUCUUCCAGCAGUUAUCAGCGCCGCUGGCUUCGAAGUCAGACAACAAGCUUGGAAAAUGGCAUCAUUCCAAGGAGGUCAACUGAUGAGACAUUCAGCCUGGCUGAAGAAACCUGUAGUUCUAAUCCGGCCAUAGUUCGGAGGAAGAAAAUUGCCAUAAGCAUCAUCUUUGCCCUAUGUGAGAAAGAGGAAGCACAAAGGAAUUUCCAGGACUUCUUUUUUUCUCAUUUCCCCCUGUUUGAAUCUCACAUGAACAGGCUGAAGAGUGCAAUUGAAAAGGCCAUGAUCUCCUGUAGGAAGAUUGCAGAAUCAAGUCUCCGUGUCCAGUUUUAUGUCAGCCGUCUGAUGGAAGCUCUGGGAGAAUUCAGAGGGACUAUCUGGAACUUAUACUCUGUUCCAAGGAUAGCUGAACCCGUAUGGCUUACCAUGAUGUCCAGCACUUUGGAAAAAACCCAGCUCUGCCAGCGCUUUCUCAAGGAGUUUACACUUCUGAUAGAACAGAUCAACAAAAACCAGUUUUUUGCUGCCUUGCUGACUGCAGUGUUAACCUACCACCUGGCCUGGGUACCGACUGUCAUGCCUGUUGAUCACCCUCCCAUUAAAGCCUUCUCAGAGAAACGCACCUCUCAGUCAGUGAACACACUGGCCAAAACACAUCCAUAUAAUCCUCUCUGGGCGCAGCUGGGUGAUCUUUAUGGAGCUAUCGGCUCUCCAGUGAGGCUGACUCGCACUGUGGUGGUGGGGAAGCAGAAGGAUUUGGUCCAGCGCAUACUUUAUGUCCUGACCUACUUUCUCCGUUGCUCUGAGCUGCAAGAGAACCAGCUGACCUGGAGUGGGAAUCAUGGUGAAGGUGACCAAGUGGUAAACGGGAGCAACAUCACGACAGCGCUGGAGAGGGGUGAGGUGGAGGAGUCUGAGUACGUGGUAGUUACGGUGAGAAGUGAACCUGCUCUCCUUCCCCCCAUCCUGCCACCCACGACGAUGGCCGAGGGCAGGAGCCCCGGGACGGAGGGGUUGGCUGGGGUCCCAGAGGGCGUAGACAUUAGAGAGCUGUGUCCCAAACCUGACAAAGAAGGAAACAAGAGUUCUGAGGUCGGCAGCAUGGGAUACCAAGAGACAGCACUGGACAGCUCUUGGAAACCUCAGGAUGCUUCUGUUGGGGAUGAAGAAAGUGAAAAAGAGGCACCACGAGAUGGCUCUUCAAGAUUCUCCAGCUGUGAAGGUUUGGGGGCAGGACUGCAGAUUGGCCAACAGACUGUCAUUGAGGAGUUGAAAGGGGAGAUGCCUAAGAAACUACCAGACCGGUCAGCAGCCUGGCCUUGCCCUGACAGACAUUCCCGGGAGAAGCCUCCCUUAGAAAAGGUCACCUUCCAAAUUGGAAGCUCCGUGUCUCCAGAGUCUGACUUUGAAAGCCGCACAAAAAAAAUGGAGGAACGGCUAAAGGGCUGUAGACAAUAUCCAGAGUCAGCCAGUUGUCCCUCUGCUGAGCCCAGCGGGGCUGCUCACGUGGCUCAGGACCAGCAGGUUUCUCGGUGCUCCUUCAUGCCUGGCUUCCAAAAGAAUGUCUGCUGUCCUCAGAAUCAAUCUUCUGAAGGGGGCGAAAGUGCAUGUGACUGGGGUUUUGCUGAGGACAGAGGCAUCAGAACCAAGGUCACAGCAGAUGCUGCUGGGCUGCUUGACCGAUCUGUCCACUUGUUAGCUCCUAAUGACAGUGCGGCAGGAGCUGGACAGAGAACGCUGGAGAAAACGAGAGGUUUGUAUCUGAAGGUUGCGGAAGGAUCUCUGGUAGAGCCUGUUCCGAGCAGGUGUGUCCAGCAGGACUCGGACUUCUCGGUUGAGGCAGAUGUCCCCUGUGGGGAUGCCGACAGGAAGGCUGACUUCAGGAUUGAAGGAGACAUUCCCAGAAACGAAAGCUCAGAUAGCGCUCUCGGAGACAGCGACGACGAAGCAUGUGCUUCAGCCACGCUGGAUCUGGGUCACAGCAGUGACCGGCCUGAAGGGUCCUUGGAAGUGGAGCUGCCUCUGCCAAGAUCUCAGAGCAUCAGCAACCCAAAUGUAAGAAACUUUGGCCGCUCACUUCUGGCGGGUUAUUGCCCCACGUACAUGCCUGAUCUGGUGCUUCAUGGGACCAGCAGUGAUGAGAAGCUGAGGCAGUGCCUGCUGGCGGAUCUGGUCCACACCGUCCAUCACCCAGUGCUUGAUGAGCCGAUAGCUGAAGCUGUCUGUAUUAUCGCAGACACGGAUAAGUGGAGCGUCCAGGUCGCCACCAGUCAGAGGAAAGUGACGGACAACAUGAAACUAGGCCAGGACGUCUUGGUCUCUAGUCAAGUGUCCAGUUUACUUCAAUCCAUUUUGCAGCUUUACAAGCUUCACCUCCCUGCUGAUUUUUGUAUCAUGCAUCUUGAAGACAGACUACAAGAGAUGUAUCUGAAAAGUAAGAUGCUGUCUGAAUAUCUUCGUGGACACACACGAGUCCAUGUGAAAGAAUUAGGUGUCGUACUGGGGAUUGAAUCGAACGACCUGCCUCUGUUGACUGCUAUUGCCAGUACUCAUUCUCCUUACGUCGCUCAAAUACUCUUAUAAGCUAAAGCUCAGGACAGUUCUUCCUCGGAAGAAAAAAAUCAGAUUCUCAACUGAAGAAGAAUAAGCUCUCUGUGACGUCAAAAGCAUAAGAAGAGCAAACAGAAACAGUCAUUCCACCUCUUUGUUUUGUUUUGUUUUAUUUCGUUGCUUUCAAGUGGAUGCUUCAUUGGAAGACUUAGGUUUACUUGACAUAAUGGCAUGUGUGUUUUCAUGAACACUUUAGGCCUUUUGUCACUGGUGAAUCAACAGAGAGAGUGACCUUUUUGGUAGGAGGAAACACAAGCACUACACUGAACACUAAGCUGUUGGUACAGAUUGGCUGUGUGUUUGGGCAGAAUAGUGACAAGUGACUUUGGAGCAGGGGGUAAACAAUGUAUCUACCGUUCUAGUAGGAAAAUGUGACAGAGUGUAAGCAUGAGCUCUCCAAACUGGGGGAAGCAUAUUUUGCUGUUCUAAGAAGACAGUCAGAACAAGGACUCUGGAAUCCAGGUCAGAGUUUGCUUUUUACAAAAGGUGAAAUAAAUAAAGCCACGUUGUGCCAUCUUCAACUCUGGUGGCUAUAGGAGUUACUGUCUGACGUGAAACAUGAAAGAGGAUUGACUAUUGGGAAGAGAGUGCUUUAGGACCCACUGUUUUCACGUCUUGGAGUUUACCUUGUUUCAGAUGCAACCACAGGUCGUUUAGAGAUGGAUUGUUGGUGCAAUAAACCCAGGGAUCAAUGUAGCAUCUUAAUCCCAUCGAGAUGUAGUUUGUAGCAGCAGAGUGCAUAGUCUGAUACCAUAUGUUUUAUCCUGAUACUUUAGAGCUUUCAGCAGCCUUUUUAAGAGAGGCCAUUUACCAAAGUUAUUUCUAUAAGCUCGAGUGUUUCUGUUGCUAAAUUCUUCCAGCCGAAGCCACUUUCUUCCUAUAAUAGUUAAUACAAACGACUAUUUACACUUUAAGAGGCACAGCUGUUGUGGUGGGAAAUGAAACCUGCAACAGUUCAGGAUGACUAAUGAAAGUAAUUAGUUUGAACAUUUAUAAACAAUCCAUGUGUGAUCUAAAUUUUUACAUUAUCAUCUUUGUGCCUUCUAAUCCCUACGUCCUUUUCAAAACACCUUUCCAGAAAUUAAAUUACCCUCUCUAAAACCUGCCAAAAUGAAGAAUUGUUUAUUUAGUAGCAUAGUUCAGCUUUUUAAAAACUUUAGUUUUCUGUUAGUUUAUAAGAAACUUUACUUAAUUUCCUGACCAUGAACUAUGACCAUGUCAGACUAUGUACUGACAUCCAGGGCAAAGGAGAAGACUUUAAAAAAUUGAUCGUUAAAAGACAUCAGCUAAUGUGGUAAAGCAAACAUUGUUAGAACCUUGCAGAUCUUGACUACAGCUAAUUAUGACCAGGUUCUGAUCUCCUUUCACUGUUUUAUGAAUUAAUUCCAGUCCCUUCCAUGUAUUUGUACCUAGGAACAUGAAGUAACUUCCAUCUUAGGGGUUAGAAUGACUCUAGAUUUUCUAUUUGAUAAAAUCCUGAUCCCAAACACCAAGUUACAUAAGAUUGUCUCUUUAUUCUUUUACAAAUACAAGUUAACUAUUUGUUUCAAAGAAUAUAGCAGCAGUACCAAUGGAGAAGAACAGGUAUGUCAUUUCUUAGGAACAAUUCUUAGGAAUAGGUCAGAACUGCUACCUUCCCUUCUCUCUCUCUCUUUUUUAUGAUGUGAAAUGUAGAUGGGUGCAUUAAGGCUCUUAAGAUCUUUAAUUUUAAUUUUAUAUCUUUCUUUCAUAAAAUUGAAGUUUUCCAUUCUGUCUGUAUUUUUCUCUUUCCUUUUGUCUAACAUCUGAGUUCAGUGUUUUAAAUUCUCUAGCUCCAUGACAUCAUUGCCUGUUAUAUUACACAAAGAGGAUGAACCUCACCUGUGGCUCAGCUCACUCAUCAAUUGUUUUUCAUUACGUGAGAAUAAAGUGUAAUAGCUGAUGUUACAUUGUUUCCAUCUGCACCAGUUUAAAGCAUUUCUCUCAUCUCUAGUUCCCUUUUCUGUGUUUACACGUUUUGGGCACUUUCUCUCAUUCACCACCUUCCAGGGUUUCAUAGAAAAUAACUAGAUACAAAAUCAGUUCCUUUCUAGUGUGUACAUAGUGGCAUGUUGAAAAUUAGACCCAUGUAGGGGGAUAUCGGGCUUUGAAUGGCUGAUUCUAAACUCCAUACGUAAAAGAUUUAGCCCAGCCCCCUCAAAGCCUGAGAAGAUUUGUCUCCUAAUCUACUGGUCCAGAACUCUCUCUUGGAAAAUGUCUGUUGGAAAACUGCAGGUGGGUCACAUGUGGGGGUUGUCUCUGUGACGCUCAGGAUUCAGUCAGGACCUAAUCCUCACGUCUGUUGCCUACAAAAACAGACCAAGAAUGUUGCUGCUCUUUCAUAAUCCUCCUCUCAACAACAUUCAAGUUUUGUCUGUCUUAAAUUCAACCUCUUCCCAAAAGUGGAAAAGAAAAAAAUCUCAUGGAAUUGUGUUCAGAUACCCUCUCACACACCAGAUACCCCCAGUGGCUUCAUUCUGUCUUAACCGAAGAGGCAAGAAAGGGAUCCCGCCCUCUCCAAUGCCCACCUCAAGAAAAACAGAAAAAUUAAAAAAAAAAAAAGAAAACUACCUCAGUUGACAGGAUUCCACCUUUAGGGUUUCUUCAACUUUUAAGUCUUACCUGUUGAGUGUAACUUUUGUAGCAUCUUGCUUUUCUAAGCAAGCUAGUGAGGCAUGACAGAGCAGAAGUGUGUAAAUGUUACUGUGAUGGACCUCUUUCUAGCAUGUUGCCAUUUUAUUUUUAAUAGAUUGACGAGUGAUAUGAAUGUAAAGAUAAUUGUGUACGUUUAAACAUGACAAUGAAAAUUUAAAAUGUAGCUUCCAUACUUGUGCAUAAUUCCAAAGUAUUUUAUUUUUAUCAGUGUUAAAUAGCUUUUUGUACAGGCUUCAAUCCAUUUUUCUGAAGUGUGCUGUUUUUUAAUGAAAGUAACUAUAACCUUUUCACAUCCCAUGGAACUGCCGUUUACACAUCGCAACUUUUUAAACUUACCGUAUUUUUCAAAAUUAACUCUUUUGGAGGGAGGGAAAUCCCCGCUUGCUAAACGAUGCUGAACCGUUGUUCAGGCUCUUCUGAUUAGGUCCUGAGAUUUUAUAAAGUUCAGUCUCUAGCUUUUUAGGUUCUUCACUAGAGUUGGUUGUACAUAAAAAUAAAGAAUAUAAAAUGACCCCAAAAAUCUUUUAAAUGUCUAGAUUUUCCACUAAUAUGUACUUUUGAAAGUAUUUUGUUCAUGCAUACUUUCACCAUGAAAUUGAAAAAGUCUUUAGCUUCUUUUGGUAAAUGUGAACCAUUUGUUUUUUAUUGUGCUUUGGGGGAGGGGAUAUUUUAAUAUAGUAUUUGCCUAAAUCAAGCAGCCCCCUCUGAAUGUUCAUUUUUAAAUGUCAAAAUUUGGUGAACCAUAUAUCUUGGAAGCAAGAUUGCAAUAUGCUUAAGUUUAAGUGGUGUUUCAAAAAGGAGAAAAUCCGGGAUUUGUUAUUAUUGAAGCUCCAUUAAGACAAAUUAAUAGGACUUUAUAUUUUUGAUCAGUUUAAAUAGGUAUCAAUGUCAAUGUAUGGAAAAUUUUUCUUAAAACUUGUUCAUGUAUUAUUUUGAUCCAUUUUUCUGUGGCAUUUGGUGCAAUAAACCUUUUGAAUUUAUCUUGAA